GAGACUGCAUGAAAAGCGUGACAGCAGACCGGACAGAGAAAAAAGGAUUUUGGCCGCAUACAAAACGAGGAGGAGGAGGCGCCUCUUGCGUUGUAGCAGAACCGCUUUAGAUGGAUUCUUCAUGUUUGCUUCAGCCUCAGUGGAGACAGCUUGCUCUGAACACGUACGAACCGUGACAAUAAGGUGUAAAACAUGGCACAUCGCAGCGCAUGGAUAGCCAGAAACAUGAGCUGCGCCCAGUGUGGAAGAAGCGGCGCGCAUUUGGAGCACAAUGCGCACCGGGCAGCUGGUGGGAGCCGAUGGAGGGUUCGGAGGAAGGAUAGACAGGAGAUUACCUCUGUAAUGUCAGCUAAGGCCAAGGUGCUGCUCUGGGUGCUGCUCUCUCUGCUGCCUCUAGUGGAAGGAGCUCAUAUGAAAGCUGGUUCUGCUGGUGUGGGAUCAGACUCGGGCCACACCGGGGGCCUGCUGGCAGGCCAGGAGGAGAGGGAGCUUCCUGUGACGCUGCCAGAGGUGGUGGAGGACGAGGAGCAGGAAGAAGACAGUGAACCUUACUCUACUUGGCACACUCUAUAUGACCCCUUCGUAAUAGACGAGGUGGAUGACCAUCCCAGUAGUCGCUGGGCGGGGCGCUCUCCCCGCUCCUCUGACCCCUCAGAACCUCAACCCAAGGGAUCACCAAAGAAAAAGAAAAAGAGGAAGAAGAAAGAAAAGGAGGAAGAGGAAGAGACAGGAAGAGUAGAUAGAAAGGGUAAAGGUAAGAGCAGACAGCCGAAGCAAAACAGCCGGGAAUGCCAUGUGGAGAUGACAGAGAUGAAGGUUCGGGACCUGGGCCUGGGGUUUGACUCGGAUGAGAUUGUCCUCUUCAAGUUUUGCGUGGGCUCCUGCCAGUCUUCAAGAACAAACUACGACUUGGCAUUGAAGGCGCUGCUGGAGAACGGUUCGCUGCCCCGGCACACUGCCCGCAAGGUCAGCAACCACCCCUGCUGCCGUCCCGACCAGUACGAGACAGUUUCCUUCAUGGACGCCCAGAACACGUGGAGGACUAUCCAGUCAUUAUCAGCAGCCAGCUGUAUGUGUAUGGGCUGAAUACAUAAACGAGGGAGAAGGUGACUGUGAGGGGUGUCACCCAUCCUGAACAGAGAGGAGUCAAGAGGCUCAGGGUGAGGAGGCCUUGGUACAGGGAAGAGCCAGAGGGCGCCGCUGUUACACACACAGAGCAAGGAAGUGACGGAGGCUACUUGUUGGCUUCCUGUGGUGUAUCUCCUGUUGAAGAGGUCUGGGUGCAGCUAGACAAUUGAGGUCAAAGGUCAAAAUCAGAGAGUGAGGGGGAAGUCAUCAGGGAAUCGCUGCCUGGAUUUAUUGUUGCAUCUUCAAAGAGUGAAUUGUUUUCAGCUGAUUGCAGGAAACUCCAGACCAGUUAACUUGACUGUUUUGCUUUAAAUGGACGAGGCCUGAAGGCUGAAGCUCAAGAGAUAUAAAGAAAAGACGCUAUUAAAGGACUAUCACUGCCUUUAUAUUCGUACAAAAAAAAUAGACUGAUAUGAUGUUCACUAUUACUCACAGUGACGUCAGCUCCUCACAAAAGUAUAUCAUUUUUUCCACAUAAAAACAGAGACAUUACAUUAUAUCGUUUCUAUGUUCAGGUGAACUCAGCCAAAUGGAUGCCAUGCAUCUUCAUGUAUUACUGUAUAAAAGUAACAUAUAUUUAUUUCUGAUAAAUUAUUUAUUUAUUAUAGCUUCAUGUGAGAGCUGUUUUAUUAACUCUAUAUUGUAGAUAAAUAUCUAUUUAUUGCCGGGAUUUACAUUUCAUGUUACUUCUGCUUGAAGACAGUACGUAUGUUUUUUAAAGGUGCAUUUCCACAUUUAUCCAACACCUCAUAAACCUGGAGUGGACAAAUAAUUCUGUGAACAU